AUGUCCCGCUACGCUGAAGCCCACAAGACACCACAGGGACCCGGGGAUGCUCGUCCGACGGCUGUCCAGAUAGUCAAGGAUCAGGAAGCUGAGGGAAAGCUUGUCGGCCAGAAUAUCGUUAUCACUGGAGCGUCCUCUGGCAUAGGUAUCGAGACGGCCCGGGCUCUUGCCCUCACCGGGGCUAACCUGUUCUUCACGGCGCGAGACAUCCCCAAGGCCAAAGCUGCGUUGGCUGAUUUCUUCGAUCCUACCCGCAUGGAGCUUCGCCGUAGUGCGGAUGGCCACGAACUUCACUUUGGGACCAACUAUCUUUCGCACUUCCUACUCUUUAAGAUCCUCGAGCCGGGUCUUCUUGCCAACGCUUCCUCCGAACUUCCAUCUCGCGUCGUCAGCCUCGCGUCCACUGCUCACCUCUUCUACGGCAUAAGCGACACUAGUGACUACAACUUUGAGAAGACCACGUACGAUGCUAAUGUAGCAUACGGCCAAUCAAAGACGGCUGAUAUCUACUUGGCUAACGAAAUCGAGCGCCGCUUCGGCUCACGUCAUUUACAUGGGACCAGUGUUCACCCUGGUAUCAUCGUCACCGGCCUCACUCGUCACAUGCCUCCGGAUGCCUUCAAGGGUAUGGAUUACAUCUACCCUACGAUGAAGAGCGUCGAACAAGGUGCUGCUACCACGGUUCUCGCCGCUGUCGGGAAGAACCUGCAGCAUCAGAGUGGUAGGUAUCUCGUUGACUGCGAAGUCGCAGAGCCGCACGUCGAAGGAGAGGACAAGCUGACCUCUAAGGGAUCCUCUCCUACGCGUAGACCUGAGCAUCUCCGCGAACCGCUCUCUCGACCCAUUGAUCAUGCCCUUGGGGCUGAUGGUCCUGCGCAAUGCGGCCAUGUUGACGUUCAGCCUGUCGACCUGCUCCUCCUCAUCCUCCUUCCCGCUGCGCUGGCCGAUGCAAGAUAUGAUACCACCAAAAGCAAUGCAGUCAGAGUCUGGUUCAAGAUAGACAGCACGCAAGCACACUCGCCAAAACGGGACGUUUUGCAGGCGACUACGGUGCUGGCCAUGCCGGAACAGGGCAUGACAGCUGUGGAUUGCGCGAGAAAGUCGUGA